AUGAAAACUCCUGUGUCGGUUAAUUCUGUGUUUAGGAGGGUUUUGUCCGAUAUUACAAACACCCCACAGUUACAAUCGGGACAAUCAUCAAACAACAACGUAUCCACUAUAUGCAAUGAAGGAACAACACCGCAAAGCAAAUAUGAAUUACAAUUUGCUCAUAAUGCAAGAAGCCAAAGUAUUAGAAGACAAACUUCUCCAAGUCCAUUCGAAAAGACAUGGACAAAUCAAGCGUCUCAAGAAAGUGGACUGACUACUCCUUUUACACCAAAUAGACCUGCAAAUCAAACAGAUUAUGACAUAACAGCAGGUAAUCAGACAGAUUUCAAUAGUGUAAACAGAAAGGAGAAUUAUAGCCAUAAUGACGGAAAUCUAACAAGACCUCAUGGUCAACAUGGUGGUGUUAUAUUAGAUUCAGAUGAGGAUUCUGAAUUUCAAGACUAUUAUGAUCAAUCGGAAGAUUAUGUUGAUGACGGUGAUCCAGACUAUACUUGUGAACACUGUGGUGCAAUCUUCUGGUAUGGAGAACGUCUAAACAAAAGGAGGAAUGCUAAAAAUCCUAAAUUUGCAGCAUGUUGUAUGCAAGGCCAAAUUACAUUACCAUCGCUCAAAGAGUCUCCUGAAUUGCUAUGGCAACUUCUUACUGGAGAUGAUGAACUAGCAAGAAAUUUUAAAGAUAACAUAAGAGCUUACAAUAUGAUUUUCUCAUUUACAUCUAUUGGUGGCAGAGUUGAUCAUUGUGUUCCUAAAGGACGUGGCCCUCAAAUGUUUGCAUUGCAAGGAGAAAACUACCAUCUAAUGGGUGCUUUAAAGCCAAAACCUGGCGAAUUAGCAAAGUUUCUACAGCUCUACAUUAUCGACACCGCAAAUGAAGUGGAGAACAGAAUGAACAUAAUGAGUAAUGGGAAAGAUCCUGAUAAUGGGCAAGGAAAGAAAAAAUUCAGAAAGGAAAUAAUUGAAAGCAUCAUCAAGCUACUGAAUCAGAUCAACCCACAUGUUGAUGCAUUUAGGUCUGCCCGAGACAGAUUUAAUACUAAUGAUGAAGAAAGGUUUCACAUGAGGAUUAUUGCUAAACGCACAACUGGUGGAAGGUUAUACAAUAUGCCAACAGCAUCAGAAGUCGCAGCUUUAAUACCAGGAGAUUUUCAUGAAGAUAUGGAUAAACGUGAUAUCGUUUUACAGGAACAUUCCGGGAAGCUAAAAAGGAUUCAUGAACUGCAUGUAGCCUAUCUAGCAUUGCAAUAUCCUCUAUUGUUUCCAUAUGGAGAGGAUGGUUAUAGGCUUGGUAUAAAGAAACUUAAAACAUCAGGUCGUGGAGAAAAGGAGCAGGAAGAUGUCAGUAUGAGACAAUUUUUUGCUUACAGACUUCAUGAAAGAGAAAAUGAAAAACAUGUUUUGGUAAGGUCUAAGCGCUUGCUGCAACAGUUCGUGGUUGAUGCUUUCACAAUGAUCGAGUCAAAUAGGUUGCAUUUUAUUAGGAAGAAUCAAAUAAAGUUCAGGACUACAAAUCUUGAAUCAGUUCAGAAGGCAGCUUCAUCUGGUAAUAAUGAUCUACAGAACCAAGGCAAAAGAGUGACGCUCCAAGCAUCUUUUACAGGUGGACCAAGGUAUAUGACUAAAAAUUAUUUGGAUGCAAUGGCUAUAUGCAAACAUUUCGGAUUUCCCAAUUUGUUCAUAACCUUUACAUGCAAUCCAAAGUGGCCUGAGAUAGUUCGAUUCUGUAAAAAAUGCAAUUUGAAGCCUGAUGACAGACCAGACAUCAUAUGCCGUGUUUUCAAGAUGAAACUUGACAGGCUAAUGGACGAUCUAACAGUCAAGCAUAUUCUUGGAAAAAUGGUUUCAGAUAUUGAUAAGAUCAUAUCUGUCGAGAUUCCAGAUAAAGUGAAGAAACCAGAGCUGUAUCAAGUUGUUAAAGACUGUAUGAUUCAUGGACCAUGUGGAGCGGCUAAUCCAAAUUCACCAUGUAUUGUCGAUGGUAUAUGUACGAAGUUUUUCCCAAAAAGCUUUAACAACACUACUAAGGUGGAUAAAGAAGGAUUUCCAGUUUAUAAAAGGAGGAAAAACGGAGGUUACAUUGAGAAAAUUGGUUUUAAAUGCGAUAACCGUUAUGUCAUUCCAUACAAUGAGAAGCUAUCUCUUCAUUACCGUGCUCACAUUAAUGUGGAAUGGUGCAACCAAUCAGGUUCAAUUAAAUAUCUCUUCAAAUAUAUCCACAAAGGACAUGAUCGUGUUACAGUUACUGUCGAACCACAUAAAAAGGAUGGAGAUGUUGAAAUGAAUGUAAAUGGUGGAGCGACUACAAAGGAAAAGGAAAUCGAUGAAGUUCAAGAUUAUUUUGAUUGCAGAUACGUUUUAGCAUGUGAAGCUAUGUGGAGAAUUUUUAAAUUUCCAAUACAUCAUAAGACAACACCUGUUGUCAAACUUACUUUUCACGAAGAGGGUCUGCAGCUGGUUGUAAUCAAAGAAGGAGAAACAAUUGAAGCUGUGAUGGAGAGAUUAGGUAAUCAGAUGACUCCGUUUUUAGCAUGGUUUGAGCUGAAUAAGAAGAACCUAAAGUCAUUCAAUCGUUCUAAUGGGAAGAAAAGGAUUAAGAAGGUUGCUGAUCCCAAAAAACUCCUAUAUGAAGAGAUUCCAAAUCACUUUACAUGGAAUAAUAAAGAGAAAAAAUUUGCUCUGAGAGAAAGAGGGUUUGCUAUUAGUAGAAUAAAUUUUGUUCCACGUGCUAUAGAGGACUCUUAUUUUUUGAGAAUCCUCUUAAAUAUCCGGCGAGGUCCUCAACAACAUAAGGAUCUUAAGACAGUUGAUGGUGUGGUUUAUAACUCUUACAGAGAUGCAGUUUUUGCACUUGGAUUACUAGAUGAUGACAAAGAAUACAUCAACGGUAUUAAAGAAGCAAACUUUUGGUGCUCAGCAAAAUAUGUUCGAAGGCUUUUCGUCAUCAUGCUACUGUCAGCAAGUUUGAGUAAACCAGAGAUUGUAUGGGAAGAAAGUUGGAAAAUUCUAUCUGAGGAUAUUGAGCGAAAAAAAAGACAUGAGUGGAAUCAACCAGAUCUUAUUUUAAGUGACGAGGACAAAAAAAAAUUUGCUUUACAGGAAAUAGAAAAGUUGCUAAUCAGAAAUGCAGCAUCCCUUACGAAAUGGAAACAGAUGCCUCAGGUUGAUAUGGAAGAAGUAGAAAAGUCCAACCAAUUUCUUCUAGAUGAACUGAAGCACAACAAUCCAGACUUGAAAGCUAAGCAUGAUGAAUGGUUAUCUAUGGCUACUUCAGAGCAAAAACAGAUAUAUACUGAGAUUGUAGAUGCUGUUUAUAAAGAUAGAGUAGGAGCUUUCUUUGUAUACGGUUUUGGGGGAACUGGCAAAACGUUUCUAUGGAAACUGUUAUCGGCUGCUAUAAGAUAUAGAGGAGAUAUUGCAUUAAAUGUCGCUUCAAGUGGUAUUGCUGCAUUGCUUCUCGAUGGUGGACGAACUGCACACUCUAGGUUUGGGAUCCCAAUAAAUCCGCAUGAGUCAUCCGUAUGUAAUAUUGCAAGAGGCACAGAUCUUGGUGAGUUAAUUGAAAAAGCAAAACUAAUUAUUUGGGAUGAGGCACCAAUGAUGAGUAAGUAUUGGUUUGAGUCUUUGGAUCGAAGUCUGAGAGAUAUCAUGAAUAAAGAAGACAAGCCGUUUGGAGGAAAAGUCAUUGUAUUUGGAGGUGAUUUCAGACAAGUUUUGUCGGUGAUUAAUGGUGCUGGUAGGGAAUAA